UUCCUCUCCUCAGCAGAGGGAAGCAGUUCACUUUAAACUGAAAGUGGAGGUAGUGGCAGCGUGCUGUACACCGCUCAGUGAGUGCGAGAUCUUGGGGAAGGACUUCACCUGAGAAAUGGUCAAGUGGUUCCUCUUCCAACUGGUGUUUGCCUUGGUGCUGGGAACAGGACAAGCUGAUUCUACCUGCAAUCCUACAAAUGCGGGAUCAACUUGCCAGGAAUGCAUCAACUUAGGACCAGGUUGUGCCUGGUGUAAGGCACUGAAUUUCACCAAGGCUGGAGAACCAAAUUCUGCACGUUGUGAUUCUGUGAAGUCCCUUGAGAACAGAGGUUGCAAAAGAGCAGAGAUUAUCAACCCACAAAAUGACAUAGAAUUGCAAUUGAACAAGGAACUUGUAAAUUCUGGAACUAAUGUGAUACAGAUAAAACCACAGAAAGUUAAACUCUUUCUUCGACGAGACAGUCCACAGAAAAUCGAAGUGAAGUUUAAGCGUGCUGAAGGUUACCCUGUAGACUUAUACUACCUCAUGGACCUGUCCUACUCCAUGAAAGAUGAUCUGGAGAAUGUGAAGAACCUGGGAGGAAAACUUCUGCAAGCACUGAAGAGCAUCACAAAGUCUAGCAAAAUUGGAUUUGGUUCAUUUGUGGACAAGACAGUCCUACCAUUUGUUAACACGCAUCCAGAGAAGAUGAAAAAUCCAUGUCCUUCUAAAACUGAGGCGUGUCAGCGACCCUUUAAUUUUAGGCAUGUCCUGAAGUUAACAGAUAAUUCGAAUGUAUUCACUUCUGAAGUUGGGAAGCAGUCUAUUUCUGGAAACCUGGAUCCUCCCGAGGCUGGAUUGGAUGCCAUGAUGCAGGCAGCAGUGUGUGUGGACGAGAUAGGAUGGCGCAAUGUUACACGCCUUCUUGUAUAUACUUCAGAUGAUGGAUUUCAUUUUGCUGGAGAUGGGAAACUUGGAGCAAUUCUGACCCCUAAUGAUGGCAAAUGUCAUCUUGAUAGUCAGGGCUUUUAUGCAGAUAACACUAAAUACGACUAUCCCUCUGUUGCUGAGUUAUCUUUGAAGUUGGCUGAAAAUAACAUUCAACCAAUUUUUGCAGUCACGAGAAAAAUAAUGCCGGUGUACCAGGAGCUGAGCAAAAUGAUUCCAAAGUCUGCAGUAGGUGAACUGAGGGAGGAUUCCAGUAAUGUGGUUCAGCUGAUCACAGCUGCCUAUAAUAAUCUGUCUUCGACAGUGAUAUUAGCACACAAAACCCUACCAGAUGGAGUCCACAUCUCCUAUGUAUCACAUUGUAGUGAUGGAGAUACUAAGAGUGAAAAAGAGGGAACUUGUUCAAAUGUGAAGAUUAAUGAGGAGAUAAGUUUCACAAUUACAGUUACUGCAAAAAAAUGCCUGACUGGAAAACAGUCCUUUGAGAUUCGACCUUUGGGCUUCACUGAGAAGUUGGAAGUUUCACUGCAAAUGCGGUGUGACUGUAAAUGUGAUGACAAGCCUGACUUGUCUGAUCAUUGCAGCAACAAGGGUCGAGUCAAGUGUGGUGUAUGCAGCUGCACAGAAGAUCGAAUUGGCAAGUUUUGUGAGUGUGACCCUGGUAAGCGUUCCACUCAAGAACUGGACGCAGCUUGCCGUAAGGACAACUCCUCAGCAACCUGCAGUAACCAGGGAGACUGUGUAUGUGGUACUUGCAUUUGCCAUACUAACCCCAAUAAGAAAAUAUAUGGCCAGUACUGUCAGUGUGAUGACCAGAACUGUGAGCGAAACCUGGGUAAAUUGUGUGCUGGUCAUGGUCAAUGUGAUUGUGGGAAAUGCCUCUGUGAUAAAGGCUUUGGCGGAACUGCCUGCGAGUGUGCAGAUGCUGAUGAUCAAUGCAAGCAGAGCAGAAACAGUAGUACCUGCAGUGGAAGAGGACAAUGCAUAUGUAAUGAGUGUAAAUGUUCUGCAGGUUAUCAGCCCCCAUAUUGCAAAGAAUGCCCUGGCUGCCCAUCUCCAUGUCCGACCUAUGUACAUUGCAUUGAGUGUCUUGGAUUUUCGAGUGGUCCAUUCAAGGAAAAUUGCUCUCUAGCAUGUAAAAACAUAAAACAUAAUUUAAAGGAAGAACUGGAUGACAAGAAUGCAUGUAAAGAGAAAGACUCCAAGAACUGCUGGAUGAAUUUUGUGAUGAUAGAGUUAGAUGGGGUUUCACAGUAUCACGUGCUUAUCAAGAAGAAAACAGAAUGUCCUGAGCCUCCAAAUGUUAUUGCUAUUGUUGCUGGUGUAGUGGCUGGUGUGCUUUUGAUUGGACUGGCAAUUCUCUUGACCUGGAAGCUGGUGACUGAACUCUAUGACAGAAGAGAAUAUAAAAAGUUUGAAAAGGAGCGAGCAAAAUCAAAGUGGAAUGACGCUGACAAUCCAUUGUUUAAGAAGGCAACCACCACUGUUUUUAAUCCCAACUUCAAUGAAGACUGACGAUUUGAAUGGAGCAAGAAAUGAUUUCAUGGGUUUCGCAUCAACAAAGUCCGUGUUUUAAGAGAACUAAUUUUCCUGCUUAUUUUAUGUAUUCUUUGCAAACUGUGAAGGUCAUUUGAUUAUAAUUCAUAACUCAGCAGAAGAAGCAAUGGAAGGGGUUUCAACCCUCAAACUUUUCCUGGAUUCUCCACUCUAAUUUUUCUCUCUCAAUUCCUGGCCUCCCUUAACUUCCUUUGGCAUUUCUUCAGGGUUGCAGUAUGAUGCUGAUGGCCCACAUGCCUGACAGUUGGCCAGUCUCUCAAUCUUGCCAGCUGUGGCCAAGAUAUAGAGAGGAAAAGUAAUUGUCAUUAAUUUCAGCAGAACCUUCAGAAAAUGUGUUCUUUCUUUGAUUGCUGAUUUCAAACCAAGAACACUCCUGCAUUUUCCCUGCCACCAAAUUAAUAGCCAAUCCAAUAAAUCUGAACAGUCAAUGAAAACUGUUCUUCUGAUGGAGCACUGUAUGAUGGUUGGUUCAUUAUUGCCAUUUUCAGCCUGUAGUAACAGGUUGAAGGGAGGAGGCUUAAUAUAAAAAAUUAGAGCAAAGUUCAAACAAUUAAAAUUACUAUUCAAUUUGAAACCCAGGCUAGCACUCAAUUUUUGAUUGAUAACUAUUAAUGUUUGUGUCAAUACCAUACAUGUAAGUAUUGAUUACCAGACAUUAAUUGUAAAUUGACAGAAUUUGUAUCAGUUGCUAAUGCCAAUGUGUAAGUACUCAGUUUCAAAGCAUCAAUAUCUGUCUCAAAUGCCAAUGCCAGCUUUCCAUUCCCCGUUUAGCUGUUUGUGACGGAUUCAAAUGUCUGAGUAAUUGCUUGAGAGCUUAUUUUUAACAUUGCCAUUGCAAUGUUGGAAACUGGAAAUUUUAUGAAAGUUUUAUUAUUUUCUCAUAGCUUGAUGGAUAUUUUAUGAUAAAUUAUAAAUCAGUCAAAUUAAGAUGGUUGAAAAAUAACAGUCCUGAUAUACAUCAUUAAGUAGAUUCAUGAAAAAUAAGGGCUUCAAAGGUUUCUGUCUCUUCUCUGGUAGUUCCAUCUAUGUCCUUUUCAUUAUCAAAAUAUCUCCCUGGUGAGUGAAUUAACAACUCACCUUGGUUUUGUUACUAUUAGCAGUGACAAUUAGAAUGACUAUUAUUUGUGUUCAAAUCAUAAAGUAUUCAGUCUGAUUUUUUUUGAAGAGUUUCAUCAACCACAGAAAUACAACCUUCUCAGUUCAUGUAUAUCGUCAAGUGCACCUUUACACAGGCGACAGCAAUUUUAUUUCUUUUUUUUACUUUUCUUUUAAGAUUAACAUUUGCAUGCAAACAGUUGCAGAUUAAGUGCAGGAAGUGAUCAGUUAUCAGUGCCAUAAAACUGCUUCCAUUGGUGCGAUUCAGAAUAUGGUAUAAAACUUGCACUCAGAAAUGCAACUUGCAAUCCAAUGCAUAAGUAUCUAAGAGACAACGCAACUCCUGGUUUCAAAACAACUGCUGUUCAACUUUCAGGAGUUCAGGAGCAAUUUAUUGGUUGCAAAUGUUUGAAGAGAUUCUCAGCUAAGUAGAUCCACUCAAGGUAAUCUGGAUCAAAGUUUUAAACUAUGAAAUUGAGAUAAUAUAUGAGGCAAGUCCUCAGAAUUGUAUGAGUUGAUGAUGAAAUGUAAUCAGUGCAGAAAUUGGUGACAUGAUGAGUAGAUGUAGUAAUUUAGUCUAUCCAUUGGGAAGUUUACAAUUGCACUUUUGUACAGAAGCAUGUGUGAGAGUAUUGGAUUAUAUAAAAUUUCUCCUGAUGACUGUUGUACAGAAUUCAUAGCAGAGAUAGCCCUGUUUAAACAUGUUGACUGAGGCAUGCUUCAUCUGCUCCCUUCCUUGAUGCAUAAACUGCUAGAAGAGGUUCAGAACAGAAAAGAAAAUCCCCAUUCAAUCAUCACUGACUAUACCCAUUGACUUCAUACUGGCACAGGCUUAAUCACACUUUUGACAGUAUGGUGUAUUAUUCAAUUCCAGUAUAUAUCUGACUCCCCUGAUGGAAAAAUAUCCUGCUUCAGCCUCCAUAUCAUGGUUUUAGUUUGUUUGAAGAACAAUCAAGUACCUCUCCUCCCCUAUUAUACCAUAUUGUCCUUAUCACUCUUCACAUUUCAUAAAUUAAAGUUUAUCUAAAAUGUUGCUGCUGUUUUCUUUUCCCAAACAAAAUUAUGCAGCUCUUUUCCUCUAAUCCAAUCAACUCUCCCAAAGCACAAGGUUACCCAUUUGGGACAGAGAUAAGGAUAAAUGUUUUCUGACAUUGCAGAGUUUGUUACAGCAGAGGACUGUUGAGACUGGGUCAUUAAGUACAUUCAAAGCUAAAGUACUUUAAUUUCUAAUCACUGAGGGAAUCUAGGGAUCAAAGCAGGAAAGUGGAAUUGAGGUUGAUUAGAUCAACUGUAAACUCUUGAACGUUUGAGUUGACUUGAUGGAUCUUAUGUCUUAUGGUCUUGGGGAUUCCAGUACCACAAAACCUGAAAUAUAAAAUGAUUGUCCUCUGAUUCAUACCAUUUCUCCCAUCUCUUCAACUUCUGAUUGGAGUAGUCCAAACUCACCAUUCUUCUCAAUUCCAACUUCAGGUAAGUUCCCCACUUCAUUCUCCACAUCUUUGGUGGCUAUGACUUCAACCAGCUAGAUUAAACUCUUGAAGUACUUUUGCUGCUGCCUCCUUUCCAAGAUCCUUAUUUGGCAAUAUUUCCUAACCCUUUGGACUUUCAUUUCUUUUUCCCCUCAUGGUUUUGAAGUUAAAGGUACACAAAUAUAACUGCAAGUUGUAAUGCUCCUGCGUGACGAGCAAAUGUUUUGUUGUAGUUCCUCAAGUUUUCUUCUAGCCAUUUAUGAAAAUGGUGGCAGCUAUUCUUUGAAUUGCUGAAAUGGUAAACUGCUUUGCAUUUGGCAGAGGCAAGUACUGAAAGUGAAUUUUUGGAAGUGAAUUAUAAUAAAAGUCUCUGCCAAAUUUAACACUUGAGAAAAAAAAACUAUUUGCUGACCACAUUGAGUGCAAACAGUUGUAGUUGUGACCAUGAAAUGACUGCUCUCGAUCAUGGAAAUCUCAAGAAAUAAGGUAAACUAAAUCUUCCCUAAAAGGGAUUGGAAAAAAUAGAAACAUUACUUUUCCACCACUUCUGUUGAAGGUAAUUCUCAAGAUAUUUAAGAACAGAUUCCAUUGUAAUUGACAAAUUUAACAUUUCAGCAUCUGCACUGAAAAUUGGAUAAACUCUAACUGUGACUGAAAUUGAAUACUUUAUCUAAAAUGUGAUGAAUAGAAGUUUUCAGUAUGCUGUUGGGCAAGUAAACAUUGCACCUUUUGCUCAGCAUAUUAAGCUUUAUUCCCUGCACAAAUUGUGGACUCAUACCCUGCUUGUUUGUGAGUGGACUGUGAUGCAGUCAACUAAACGAGAGACUCGUUAAGACAAUGUGAUAUUUACCAGUGUGAAUGAGAUACUAUUGCGAAGGACUGAGAAAUAAUAACUACAGUAGAGAGGUUUGGAGAUUUACAGUCACAGAGAAUCUAGUCAAAAAACAGUAUUAAAAAUGGCAAGACCUUUGAGAACUUAAUUUUGUUAUUGAAUGAAUCAUUGCCAGCUUUAAAAUUUCUGUUUAAUGUAUCAUAGUGAUAAAAAUAUUUUGUCUUUAUAAAAUGAACUAAUUUUUUGAAGGAAAACAAAAGAUGUUAAUAGUC